AUGAAGAGGGAGAAUCAGAGCAGCAUGUCUGAGUUCCUCCUCCUGGGGCUCCCUAUCUGGCCAGAGCAGCAGGGUGUGUUCUUUGCCCUGUUCCUGGACAUGCACCUGACCACAGUGCUGGGCAAUCUGCUCAUUGUCCUGCUCAUCAGGCUGGACGCUCGCCUCCACACCUCGAUGUACUUCUUUCUCAGCCACUUGGCCCUCACUGACAUCUCCUUUUCAUCUGUCACUGUCCCGAAAAUGCUGAUAAACAUGCAGACUCAGGAUCAAUCCAUCCCCUAUGCAGGAUGCGUAACACAGAUGUAUUUUUUCCUAUUUUUUACUGGUCUGGAUGACUUUCUGCUCACCUCGAUGGCCUAUGAUCAGUACAUGGCCAUCUGUCACCCUCUCCACUACAGCACCAUCAUGGGACAGGGGCUGUGCACCUUACUAGUAACUGUGUCCUGGAUUCUCUCCUGUGCCAAUGCCCUGUGUCACACCCUCCUCCUGACCCGGCUGAUGGGAAAACCAAGCAGAGUGAACCAAACCACCCUUUCAGACUUCCUCCUUCUAGGGAUCUCUGAGCAGCCAGAGGAGCAAACUCUCCUGUUUGUCAUCUUCCUGGGCAUGUACCUGGUCACUGUGAUGGGAAACCUACUCAUCAUCCUGGCCAUCACCUCUGACCCUCACCUCCAUACUCCCAUGUACUUCUUUCUGGCCAACCUAUCAAUAACAGAUGCCUGCUUCACUUCUGCCUCCAUCCCCAAAUUGCUGAUCAACAUGCAUACUCAGAGUCAGACCAUCUCCUAUUCUGGGUGCUUUGCACAGCUGUAUUUUCUCCUUGUGUUUGGUGGCCUUGACAACUUACUUCUGGCAGUGAUGGCAUAUGACCGCUAUGUGGCCAUCUGUCAGCCACUUCAUUACAGCACAGCUAUGAGUCCCCAACUCUGUGCAUUAAUGUUGAGCAUUUGCUGGGUGCUAACCAACUGUCCUGCCCUGACACACACACUAUUGCUGACCCGUGUGGCCUUCUGUGCCCACAAGGUCAUUCCCCACUUCUACUGCGAUCCCAGUGCUCUCCUGAAGCUUGCCUGCUCAGAUACCCGAAUUAAUGAGCUGAUGAUCAUCAUCAUGGGCCUGAUGUUCCUCACUGCUCCCCUGCUGCUGAUUGUCCUCUCCUAUGUCCGCAUUUCCUGGGCUGUGUUUGGCAUCUCAUCUCCUGGAGGGCGGUGGAAGGCCUUCUCGACAUGUGGUUCUCACCUCACAGUGGUCCUGCUCUUCUAUGGGUCUCUUAUGGGUGUGUAUUUACUUCCUCCAUCAACUCACUCUGCGGAGAGGGAGAGCAGGGCUGCCAUUCUCUACAUGGUGAUUAUUCCCAUGCUGAACCCUUUCAUAUACAGCUUGAGGAAUAAAGAUAUGAAUGAGGCUUUGAGUAAACUCUUCGGCAGUGGGAAAACCAUCUCUUUACCAUGA